CGUGGAAAGCUUAACACUAACCCAUAACAUGGUGCCACAGGAUACAGGCUGGUCAUGGAUGGUUCUUAUAGGCGCAAGCCUUCAGCUGAUGUUGACCAUUGGGAUUUUGAAAUCAUCCGGAAUUUUAUUCGUUGCCUUUCAAGAGCGAUUCGAUUCAUCGGCAACAACCACAUCCUUACUAUCGACGGUGCAGAACCUAACAUACGGUGUAACCGCAAUGUUUGUCAUGACAAUAGGAGUUAAACUGACGACUUGCAGAAAUCUCGUGUUCCUUGGAACUUUAUUAAACUCUGCUGGAUUUAUCAUCACGUCUAAGGCUGUUAGCAUAGACGUUCUUCUACUUUCAUAUGGAGUGUUAAAUGAGUUAUUUCAAUGCGUGUCUGUUGCCUGUACGUUCUACAUUGUAGGUUGUUUGCAUGAUGUCACUGGAAAUUACGUCGUAUCAUAUCACCUAUUGGGAUCUAUCGUUAUUUUAGGAGGAAUCAUUAUGUUAUUUCUGCCGAGACCAAAGACGAAAGAAAUCGAAAUUACUUAAUCUAGAACCUACUUAAUGGCAUGCAAUGGAAUCGUUGACAGAAAAGUAAACAUUAAAAUGCUGACAUAAACGUAGUACAGGCAUAUUUAUGUUGCCUAAAUUUAACCAA